UGGAGUGAGCAUUGCCUCUCUAUGACUAGAGAGGAGGAAGUGGUCACAGAUAUAUAGAGCCAGGCUCACCAGUUCCUGACACAUGCAUCAUGACCAUGAGACAGAACUGGACACCAGAUCCCAGUCCACUGUGGGUCCUGUUCCUGUGUGCCCACAUCGUCACUCUCCUGACCAGAGCCACACCUCUACCUCAGCCCAUUGCAGCUGCCACUGCCUCAGCUGGGAACGCCAAGGACCCCUGCCCCUUCCAGCCCCCAGUGCUCCCAGCAGCUAAGUGGUGCCCAGCAUUGGAGGUGACCUGGCCAGAAGCGGAAGUGCCACUGAAUGGAACGCUGACCUUGUCCUGUACCGCCUGCAGCCGCUUCCCCUACUUCAGUAUUCUCUACUGGCUAGGCAAUGGUUCCUUCAUCGAGCACCUCCCAGGCCGGCUGCAGGAAGGCAACACCAGCCGGGAGCAUGGGAGCACAAGCACCCAAUUGUGGAGGGCCUUGGUGCUGGAGGAGCUGAGCCCCACCUUGCGCAGCACCAACUUCUCCUGUGUGUUCGUGGACCCUGAACAAGUUGUCCAGCAUCACAUCAUCCUGGCCCAGCUCUGGGCUGGGCUGAAGACAGGCUUGCCCCCCACUCAAGCCCCACCCUCCAGCCAAAGCCCAGGGCCAGCAACAGCACCACCUUGACCAGAGCCUGAGAACUCCCUACCUGGAAUGUGAACGGUCUCUGCCCACAGGCUGUGCAGGCGAGCAGCUCAUCCUCCCUGACCACUCCCUGCUGUCCCCUCCUUUGCUUUAGUUCUCCCCUCACACCAAUUCAGACGAGACUAGAAAAUCACUACUGUUUCCUUAAUGCUUCCUCCUCCUGCCUGCUAUUCUCUGUCCACUCACCUGAUUAGCUUUUGUAAUGUCCUGGUCGUCACACUGGUCUUAUGCUCAGAAACUUCCAAGACCUGUCAGUGCCUUAGCCUCACUAUCAAGGGCCCUGCCUACACCUCCAACAUGACUUUCCAGAAGCCUACAAGUAUCUUCCUUGCUUAGACAACUCCCUCCUGCGCCUUUGCUCAUUUGGUCCCCUCUUCCUCACCAUCCCAGCAGGUGAAUUCUGCAGCCUGGCUGAAACGCCCCCUCUUCAGAGAAGUCCACACUCUGCACUGACUGACUUCAUGUUGUUUUCUUUUCUUUUUACUCUAAUGGACUGUACCAGGGAAAGGAAGAGGGCAGUGACUACUUCUGAUCCAUAACUGUAUCUGUCAUACCUAGCAGGGCCCACAGUGGGUCCUCAUAAAGUACUGUUCAGUGGAAGCGUUUUGACAUCUGCUCAGUCAUUUAGGCCUCAGUUCACUCACAGGAACUAUGCCUGUCCCAGGAGGGAGUUAUGGGAAGAGAGGGACUGCCACUGGCAAGCUAAAGACAAAACCAGACUCAGGGGAACACAGGCCAGAAAUUGAGUAUGGGAAGAUCCUGGAGAAAAUGUGUUCCCAAGAGGAAGGAAUGGAUGAAAGAAGGGAAGUGUCUGGAAGACUCCGCAGGGACAAAGAGGUAUCCAGGACAGCCCUUGACCUGGGCCCUCCUUUCAAUCUACUUCCAUGCCUUCUACUACCUCCAUACUGGCAAUUCCCAGAUCUCUGCCGUGGCCCAGACCCUGCUCUCCAGACAGACCAAGAUAUCCAAUCUCCCCAGGCAUCCCUGCAUGCCCUCAGCUACUCCACAAUGAACAUCUCCCAAAUGAAGCCCAUUUGUCUGUUCUUCCCCUGAAUCUCCACCCAGGCCCCCAAGCCAUGAGCCCGGGUACAAUCCUACCUCCAUCCCUGUCCUACUAAGCCCAAGCACCAUGCCUCCUGAAUAACUGUCCUAACCCCACCCUCUCCAUGCUCAUGUCCUUCCUUGGUCCACCUCACCUCCUCUCACCUAGACUUAUGGUGUCUGAGAGAGGCAACAGAGUGGUGGCAAGCAAGGACUUGAGCCAGGCUGCCCAGGUUCAAACCCCAGCUCCACCACCGUGGGACUUUGGGCAAGUGAUUGCCCCUCUGUGCCUCAGUUUCAUCUGUUGAAGGAGAU